AGCAUUCUCAAUAUUACGCUUCUACUUAUGGAUGUGGUGUCAUGUGCAAGUGCAUGCAGCCCCUUGAACGAUAUGGAACGUGGAGCCGAUCUUUCUUGUUAACUCCGUUGAUUGCUCGAUCAUCCUCCUUCCUGCGUUCCUCAGGUACUAGUUUGUUAUUUUGAGUAUAAUCUUAAUCCGAAGAUAAAGAACAGUCGUGCCCGUUGCGUUGUUGCUGAACACAGGCUCAUUUGGUUUUUUGUUGUUCGCAAUUCACAAGAUCAUGACCCUCGUAUCGUCACUUCCAGUAUCUGUUCUUGCGUCAACAUUGCCCGCUCCUUUCACUUUUGUGCCGUCCUGCUCCUCGUCUUCCACGGCCUUCUCGUCCACCUCUGGAGACCUAUGUAAGACCGUGUCCGACCACUGGCACUGCGGCGCAGUAUUAUAACGCGAAAAAAUAAAUCCACUUCCACUUAGACAUUGGAUCGUCGGUGAGGCUGUUGGACUGCUGGACAACCUACCGCACGACAAAUCGUAACCUUCAAGCGGAUCGUCCUUCCACCACGACCAGUCGACUGAUUUCAAAGAUUGAAAUUGAGAUUUAUACCACAAAAAGCAACUUGUUCACUGCAAGACCAAAACCAUGACGACCACCGCCGCAGCAACACAAAUGGAAGACGUCUCUCCGAUUGUCGCAGCGCAAGGAUUCGCCUAUUCGGAGGUGCGUAGACCGAAUUUCUUCCGACACAAUUUUGGGCGACCGCUGCGUUCCGGAGGUGUACGGCAGUCCGUGUUGGCGCUCACCUCCACAGCGAUCGGUGGUGGGUUGCUGACGCUACCCUACGCCAUGCGCCUUACCGGCAUGGGCCUUGGAGCCUUCCUGCUGAUACUUGGCGGGCUCGCUGCCGCCUACAGUAUACAGGUAUAAUUGAACAGUCUUAGUGUUAAGUACUUACUUCCUUUGACUUUAUUCAUCGUAGUGCCACCCCUGCAUCUGCAGAUACACCGUGUAGUGCCUACUAUGUAUUAAACAGUGAGUAGGGCUAUGCAUUCUGAUGAUGUCCGCAUUUAUUGUCAAGGUGCUAAUGCUCAAGACCGCAGAAACGGGGAGCAUGGAGUACGGGGAGUUGGUCGGGAAGAAAAUCGCCGGAUGCGGUGGGGCCUUCGACUGCUUGCUCGCCAUUUACGGCUUCGGCGUACAGGUAGCCUAUUUCAACUUUGUCGGCGACUUCAUGUCCUCACUCGCCGGAAUCUUCCUGCCCACCAUACCCGCGCUGCACGACCGAGCCGUAAUUAUCUACGGCAUCCUCGUUUUUGUCAUUCCACUGUCCGUGCCAAAAAACCUGAGCGCGCUAAAGUACUGCAGCGUAAUCGGCGCCGUGAGUCUGGCCUACACCUCCGCGCUUAUCAUAGCACGCACACCGGGACAAGUGACGCAGCAAAUACUUGGUACAACUUCUGAAGACCUUUCAGCACUUGGUGUGUAGUACUGGUAGGCUCCAUCAGUUGUAACUUGGUGCAAGACCAAGAACCUGUUGUCUCGAUACAUAAAUUGUCUUUGCGCUUCCUUGUAACGGUAUACGUUCUGUCGAAAUGAACUUCCGCGUCAACAUCGCUUAGUACGUACUACGGAUGAUGGCGUACUCAUGCUGGUUUGCUGCUGAAGAAAACAUAAAUCAAAUGUCGUCUGAUGAAAAAAUAAACUGCAAGAUGAGCUCCUCGUAGUACGGCUGGAUUGGAACUUUUUCAUCGCUCUGGGGAACUUAUGAAAGUGCACAACUGGCCCUCUCCCUCAUUUGUCAUGCCAACCCCAUAAUCCAGUCGCUGCCGUGUAGCACUGUUUGCAUGACCAAUUCCGGAAGCCCAAACAGUACUACAAUAGGGACAUAAGUUUCUCAUGCAUAGGCUCCACGUGUGCUGGUGUUUGUAUUGCUGUUCAUGCAAUAUUACAAAUGAGGGGGCGGGGUAGUUGUGGUGCUUUGUCAUAGAACUUCGUUUUCGCGUACAACUGUCACCUGAACGUGUGUCCGGUUGCCGCCGAGAUGGAAGUGCCAACCUCCCAGCGGAUCACGAAGGUGACCUACACCGCCACGUUCGUGCAGAUAUUUUUCUACCUCGGCAUUGCCGUGUGCGGCUACCUCAGCUUUGGCGAAGGGACGGCGUCAGACAUUCUGAAGAAUUAUGACUCUGACGAUCCAGCAGCAAUAAUCAGCCGCUUCGCAUUGGCGGUCACUCUCUUGGUACAAAUGACAGAAACAGGUCGUUUUCUAGCAGUUUUCUUGACAAAUUUGAGUACUAAAACAGUUGUAGCAGUUUGCUUUACUCAGACUUCAUUUUUUAUAUUGCAUGAGUAUAGUUGUUCUCAGCUUGGUCGCGUCCGCGAGGAUUUUUGUGUCACUCGGUCAUUGUCAAAAUCAGAUUUAGUGUAGUUGUAGCAGCACGGUGGUCGUCAAUUGAUAAAACUAUACCGCACAGUUUGCGCUUCCGAUCAAUUUGAACCCGACGCUUCGAGCCUUUUUGGCAGUGGGCGACAGGAUACGCGACCGAGGUGGUAAUGGAAGCCGCGGGAACGAAGACGAUGUUGCCAGCCUGGAGCGCGUGCAGAGCUUCAUUGAGCGCCCCCGCAAGAAACUGCAUGACUUCGCGGUGGCCCGCUUACUAUCCGCGAUUUUGUACACGGUAGCCGCGGCCACAGUGGCCUGUUUGGUAAAAAACCCCUCCCAGGUGAUAGGACUCACGUCCGCGGCGAUCGGAACACUGAUGAUGUUUCUCCUGCUAUCCAAGAAAAAAACGAAGUUGUUAUUGUAAAUUUGUGAAUGUGAUGCGCAACUACAUGCAAAUUGAUUGCGCCUUUCAUGCUGCGCCUGCAUUGUAGGAUCCAUUCAAGGGCGUUUUCGCAUACUAUCUGCCCAUAACAGGGCUUUGCUGUCAUGCGAGAGAUAUUUGUCAUGCUAAUCCUCCAAGAAAGUUACACCUACAAUCUUUUUUUCUUGAAUACCAGCCCGCCUUUUUCGCGGGGGACUUCCGCUGGCCCGUGGUGGUUCUGUUGCUGAUGGGCGCCUUGAACGGUGUUGGCGCUGUAGUCAUGGUCUUGCAAGCGCUCAAGGUUUUAGACCCACCACCGACAUAGUUGUAGACGCCCAUGCGUGCUGCCGGUGCGCCCAUGCAUGCGGACGCCCUUGUUCAUGCGUCUCUAGCGUCGAAUCUUCAAAGUGGUCAGCACGCCUUUCCCCUGCGCAACUGUUGAAAUUCAAAUUCUUCUUUACAUGAAGUCAAAUUCUUCUUUUUCCGAUUGAGAUCGAGUCAAGAAUGCAUGCAAUGUCUCGCCCUUGUGAAAGAAACUCUUCUUUGCUGUAGGAUUAACCCAAAUUCCGCCGCGCACACUCCAAUUCAGUGCACCCCGAAGAUUAACCAUGGAUAUCGCUCUCGUUGAAG